UCCGCCGACGCUACAGACGAAGAAGAAGAAGAUCCUCUUGGCACAUGUGUUUGCUACAGCUGUGUUAAAUGUUCUGGGAGUCGGAAAACUUCUUUACAGUAUUAGUUUGUUCUGGUCAUUUGCAGUAAUAUGGGAAAGCUCAACGUUAUUAUACUGAGAUAUUUAUCUCGCGAUGAUUUCCGGGUCCUCACGGCUGUUGAGAUGGGGAUGAAGAACCAUGAAAUCGUUCCAGUGAGUCUUCUUUCAUCCAUUGCCAGCCUCAAGCACGGUGGCUGCAACAAGAUCCUCCGAGAACUCGUGAAACACAAACUUGUGGUUUACGAACGCUCCAAAACCGUGCAGGGCUACAGGUUGAAUUACGGAGGAUACGACUACUUGGCUCUAAAGACUUUUUGCUCCAGAGAAGUGAUUCUGUCAGUUGGUAACCAGAUGGGCGUGGGCAAAGAAUCAGAUAUUUAUAUAGUUGCAAGUCCAGACGGGGAGCAGUACGCUCUGAAGCUGCACAGGCUCGGUCGCACCUCCUUCAGGAACCUAAAAAACAAGAGGGAUUACCACAAACACAGAAAGAAUAUGUCCUGGCUUUAUCUCUCGCGCCUUUCUGCCAUGAAGGAGUUUGCCUACAUGAAGGUUCUGUACGACCGGGGCUUUCCCGUUCCCAAGCCGGUGGAUUAUAACAGACAUGCUGUAGUGAUGGAGCUCAUCAAUGGAUUUCCUCUAUGUCAGGUGCAUGAGCUGCAGGACCCGUCCGCCCUGUACAGCGAGUUCAUGGAGCUCAUUGUCAAACUGGCCAAUCAUGGCCUGAUUCACGGAGACUUCAAUGAGUUCAAUCUCAUGCUGGACGACCAGGACCACAUAACUAUGAUCGACUUCCCUCAGAUGGUGUCUACAUCCCACCCCAACGCUGAAUGGUACUUUGACCGUGACGUCAAGUGCAUCAGAGAUUUCUUUGCAAAGAGAUAUAAUUAUGAAAGCGAACUCUUUCCGACUUUCAAAGAUAUCAGGCGGUCCCACUCUCUCGACGUUGAAGUGUCAGCCAGCGGCUUUACCAAAGACUUGGAGAGUAAUGCUGAGUUUUUACAUCCGGCUGGACCAGACGAAGAAGAACUGGAGGACGACAGUGAAGAAGAAACUUCAGAUGAGGAGGAAGAAAAAGGGGAAGAGGGUUUUGACAUUGAUGAAUAUAAACACGCAAUGCUGGAACUGGAGGGACUGAAAGUCAGCGAGACAUCUGCAGGGACACAAGAUUGGGAGGAAAGGAUUGAUGGAUCUAAAGAAGAUGCUCCAGAGGCGGUGUCCACAGCUGCAGGCCACGAGGAAGGGGGUAGAGAGUUUGAGGAGGAGUUGAAGGAAGCAGAGGAUGAGUGUCCAGAGCUGGCAGAGCUUUCUUCCUCCAAUAAGGAGUUCAAACCGUUCAGGGACUCUGACAGUCUUCAACAGACUGCAGAGCACAGAAGAAGGAGAACCGACAGUGAAGCCACCACAGGCAGCAUCGGGGGCUGCUCCACAAUUCCUCCAGACGUUGUGCGUCAGAAAGUGCGGCGGCAGCUCACCAAACAGCAGAAGGCGGCGCAGAGGAGACGUCUGCAGAAGGGCGAGGCUAACCUGGUCACCAAAUCCAGAAGGGAGAACCAAAAUAACAUCAAGUCCAGCCUGGAGGGCGCCUCCUUCUGGGGAUAACGCGUAACUGCAGACGGACUCCAUCAACCAGGAGACAGUUUGUCCACAUGCUUUUUGUUUUGUCCAAAUGUUCAGUGCUUCUGCCUGAGCUAAAGAACUGUAAAUUAAACAUGGAUGGAGAAAAGGACACCAGGAGAGUCUCUGCGUAGCAACGGCAACUCUUUUAUACCAUCAAUAGUAAUAAAAAUAUAUCAUUCUCUGAA